GCGGCCGCCCCUCAGGGAAGGCCCCUGCUCCCGCGCGUUGCCGGGCAGAACAGGACGCCGCCAGCCCCCGGCUGCCCUCCUAGACUGGGCCCCGUCCUUUCGCGGGCCGCCCUCGGCAGCCAUGGGCUCGGAGAUGGAGCCGCUGUUCCUGGCCUGGAGUUAUUUUAGGCGCAGGAAGUUCCAGCUCUGCGCCGAUCUGUGCACGCAGAUGCUGGAGAAGUCCCCUUACGACCAGGAACCAGAUCCUGAAUUGCCAGUGUCACAGGCAGUUUGGAUCUUAAAAGCACGAGCACUAACUGAAAUGGUAUAUGUAGAUGAAAUUGAUGUCCAUCAGGAAGGAAUUGCAGAAAUGAUGCUGGAUGAAAAUGCUAUUGCUCAAGUACCACGCCCUGGAACUUCUUUGAAGCUCCCUGGAGCUAAUCAGACGGGAGGGCCCAGUCCAGCUGUCAGGCCAAUCACUCAAGCCGGAAGACCCAUUACAGGCUUCCUUAGACCCAGCACACAGAGUGGAAGGCCAGGCACCAUGGAGCAGGCGAUCAGAACCCCCAGAACUGCCUACACAGCUCGGCCCAUCACCAGUUCCUCUGGAAGAUUUGUCAGGCUGGGAACAGCUUCCAUGCUGACCAGUCCUGAUGGACCUUUUAUAAAUUUAUCUAGACUGAAUUUAACAAAAUAUGCCCAGAAACCUAAAUUGGCAAAGGCUUUGUUUGAAUAUAUUUUUCAUCACGAAAAUGAUGUGAAGACUGCUUUGGAUUUGGCUGCCCUUUCUACAGAGCAUUCUCAGUACAAGGACUGGUGGUGGAAAGUGCAGAUUGGAAAAUGUUACUACAGGUUAGGAAUGUAUCGUGAAGCAGAAAAACAGUUCAAAUCAGCCCUGAAACAGCAGGAAAUGAUAGAUACUUUUCUCUAUUUGGCAAAAGUCUACAUCUCAUUGGAUCAACCUGUGACUGCUUUAAAUCUUUUCAAACAAGGCUUAGAUAAAUUUCCAGGAGAAGUAACUUUACUUUGUGGAAUUGCCAGAAUCUAUGAGGAAAUGAACAAUAUUUCGUCAGCAGCCGAAUACUACAAAGAAGUGUUGAAGCAAGACAGUACUCACGUGGAAGCCAUUGCAUGCAUCGCAAACAACCACUUUUAUUCGGACCAGCCAGAAAUCGCGCUCCGGUUUUACAGGCGACUCCUGCAGAUGGGUGUUUAUAACUGCCAGCUUUUUAACAAUCUGGGGCUCUGUUGCUUCUAUGCCCAGCAGUGUGAUAUGACUCUGCCCUCGUUUGAACGUGCCCUUUCUCUGGCCAAAAACGAAGAAGAGGCAGCUGAUGUCUGGUACAACUUGGGACAUGUAUCCGUGGGAAUAGGGGACACGGUUUUGGCCUAUCAGUGCUUCAGGCUGGCUCUGGUGAACAACAACAGCCACGCCGAGGCCUACAACAACUUGGCGGUGCUGGAGAUGCAGAGGGACCAUGUUGAGCAGCAUAAAACCAAGCAAUUUAUCCUUAAGAAUGCUGUGGGUCCCUACGGCGUGCAGAUAGUAUGUCUUUUUUUGACUUCCUUACUCAUUAUUUCUUAUUCCAUGACCUUAUCCUGGCAUUUCCUCCAGAUUGGAGAUCUGCAGAGAAGCUAUGUUGCUGCCCAGAAGUCUGAAGCAGCGUUUCCAGACCACGUGGAUACCCAGCUCCUAAUCAAGCAGCUAAAGCAGCAUUUUGCUAUGAUCUGAUUGUUCCUUGGGCCAAAUAUGUUUCUAUGAAGGGGGAUUGAGGAGGGAAGUUUUGUGUGUAUGUACAUAAUAAUACAAACCUGUAUUUGGUUCUUAUGUGAUGUGUGGGAGUGUAAAUAAUGUACAAUGAAGACUUUGUAAUAAUUACUUUAUACUAUAAAAGGCAAGAUUUAAGUUUUUAAAGAAAAUCAUGAAACCUUUCACAUUACAUGGUAGAUGUUUAAAAUGUUCAUAAACAUUCAAGGAUUUCCUCAAAUUUUUAUAAAUGCACAUUUUUAAUAUUCUCAAGCUGGCCACUACUAUUAUGUCGCUUAAGAGGUCUGAAAUCCACUUUAAAAUUGUACUUUAAAAUUCUACUUUUAUGGUUAGAAUAUAUAUAUCCUAUGUAAAGACUUUAGAGUUUGAAAAUUGUCUUAAAACUUUUUUCAUCAACUGCUUUGUGAGAA